GGCCCUGGGCCAGAGGGGGCUUGGGAACAGAAAUACCUUCAUCUGGACCUGGGACUGGUUGCCUAAGCCAUGUCAGAAACCUGUCAUACAGGACCGCUGUUAGAGCUAGAUCUGUGGGCUUGGGAAUCCUUCAGCACAGACAGGGCCCUCAGAGGGUGAACAAGAGCCCUUGUUCCCACUUGACCAGAUUUUCAGCGGGCUAAUUUUAACCUAGCUUGACUACUCAGAGGAGCAGUGCACAGCGCAGUGUGUGGUCCAUACAAAAGCAGUCUUGCCCAAAGGCUUGGUAUCAGCUUCAACAUCCAAGUUCCAGUGGUUUUCCAAAACUGACACCACACUGAGUUUUGUUUCCAAAAUUCAGGAGCUGUCAAGAUCUAGAGCCAUACUUUCUAAAGCCCUUGGGCCUUCUUCACUCUUUUCACUUGGGCUCUUUUUCCACUUGUUUCCUUGGUGGUGGCUUUUUUAAAAAUGUGAAUUACCAUCAUGAAGAGUUUCCCUGAAUAGCACAAAUCGAUGAUUCUGUCUGCGCAGCUGCUUGGUCUGCCCAGUAUCUGUUCAACAAUUCCUUCCCUUUCCCUCCUGGGCUGUAGCUGCUGCUGCUAUUGUGGCACUUGCGUUUCAAAUUUGCCGUCUUUGUGCCCAAAUGUCCACUUACACCUGAGCUCCACUAUGAUCCGUAAUAGCUGGGGAAAUCCAGGUGCCACAUGGUUUAAACUAAGCGUGCAUGGUUUGGUGGUCAGUGAAGGACACAGUCCCUUUCAGCUGCAAUGAACUCAAGUCUCAGCAUGAUGUUAGGUGGGACCAGGCCAGAACUGCUAUCUUGACAUUUCUCGAGAAGCUCACAGGCGUUUGACAGCUCCCCAAAAUGCCCCAGCAACUCCUGCUUCACAGAGGUGUUCACAGGGAGCUGUGAGACAGAUCCUGCGUGUGUGCUGAGAGGCUGACCUGCUUGGGGAGAUGCAGGACAAGUGCUGUGCGAGCCAAGGUGGCUGCUCGGGUUGCUGACUGCCUGCAGGGCAGCCUGGUGCUCUUUGCCUGAUGUGAUUUCUCUGCUUCAGCUGUGACAGAUGUUAAUCACACUGCUUAAUGCAGUUAUGGACAGCAGUAAGGUGUCACGGCAGAGACCACUGUGGUUCCUAUGAAGAAAACCCAUCAGCGAUGAUGCUACAGGAUAGGUCUCACAUGAGGGUCCUUGAUAGGAAGGGCAGCUCUCUGCUUCUGUAGCUGAUGGGUGAGGACAACAACUCAGUAAAAGGAGCUACCAAGAGCUGGCAGGAUGAGUUACAGCUCACCUUCUGUGCGUGACUUGUAUCACAGCACCACGGCCAAGCCAGACCCAGGGACAGCUCUGGAUGUGACUGGACCAGAAACAGCUACCAUAAGCCCUGAGUCUACCAGUUUCAACAGCACCAAAAUCCCCGAUGUAGCCAGCACUGGACCUGGCAUGAGCACAAUGCUGCUGUCCUUUGGGAUCAUUACUGUGAUUGGGUUGGCUGUAGCUAUGGUUCUGUAUAUCAGGAAGAGGAAGAGGCUGGAGAAGCUUCGGCACCAGCUCAUGCCCAUGUACAACUUUGAUCCCACUGAGGAACAGGAUGAACUGGAGCAGGAGCUGCUGGAACAUGGGCGAGAUGCAGCAUCUUCCCAGGCAUCGCAGAGCAAGAUUCUGCUGACAAGUCAAGGAGCCCUCCAGAGACCCAGCCGUCUUGUGUUCACAGACGUUGCCAAUGCCAUCAAUGCGUGAACAAUACCUGCCCCUGCUCUGGGAUCGUGCUGAGACUGGGGAGGAUGAAGCCAACAAACCAGUGACUUCCCGCAAGCAUGGCCGAUCCACUGAGCCCAACUGGCCACCCCGUUGGUUUGUGUUACAAAUGGGCACAAGCACUGGGAACUUUCGUCACUUUGGGAAGCAAACCCUUUGUGAUGGCAGUGGUGAUUUUUUGGUGCGUCUGCUACCACUAAAAGGUUGUGAGCUCCAGUUUCUGGGCUGGUGCUGACUGAUACCAUCUACCAAGCUGUGUGCUUAGGAACAGUGCCUGCUUUGUUGUAGAUUAACUUGUCAGAGCACGUGUGUGCGCUCUCUGGGUCAGGGAAGGAAGAGAGGUGCAUGUUUCAGAGAGCUUCCCCAUUGGCUUUGUGCUACCAGACCCCAAGGAAAGCAAUGAAUGAGCCUCUGCCCCAUGACAACAGCUUUGGCAGAUGCUGGAGGGAAAAGCCCCUUUGAGCAAGGAGAGGUGACUCCCUCAGCUGAGUGGUAAUCUGGGGCGUCCCUGGGAAAACACAUACUGUGGGUUUAUCCCCCCUGUGGCACGUGGGCUGCUGAUAAAUGUGUGCCCCAGGUGAUGUUGAGGCAUGGGGGGAUUCACUAGCUUUAAAAAGUGAAAUGGUGAACAUUUGGCUGAUUACAUCUUAACUGAGAAAGUGGCUGAAUAUGCCAAAUUAGGGCUGCUGCAUAGACAGCAGGGAAUUCGCGCAGCCAGAGGCAGGGGGUGUCAAUGUCUGGCUACGUGACUCUGCUGCUGAGCCAGGAAUAACAGUGCUUGGGCCACAGAGAGGAGUUGAGUAGAACUGGGGUUCCAAUACCAUGUAUUCCCCUCCUGCUUUGGCUCAGGGGAGUUUCUACAGUGCAGAGUGUUAUCCAGAAAAAAAGAGUAACCCUUGAAAUAUUUUCUUUUAAAUAAGGAAAACCAUGUAUUGUCUCAACAUUACAACAGCCCCCUGUCUGCCCCCCAGAGGUGACUGAACAGCUGGUUUGUGCUUCCUUACCUGCCCGGACCCGCAGACAGAGCCUCCUCUUCUUCCUGCUGAAGGAAACACGGAGCUUUGUGUUAGCCUCUGCUCAUGUCACCUGCUGAUGCAGAAGGUGGGACUAGACAGGUAAGCCAGGAGUUUCCCCAUAACCCUGAAGCAUCUCUGCCUGUGCGUCCUUCAGGGCUGCAGGAGGGGGAGAGGGUGAAGGGGGCUGUCGUCUGCAGAGCCUUUUGGUGGCCAUCAGCCCUGAGUGCUGCAGGCCAGCACAGUGGCCCAGGGCCAGCAGCAGAGCCUACAUGCAAGCAUCAGUCCCCAGCCAUGUGCUGAUCACCUCCUGAUUUUUUUUGCAGUACAUGCAUUUGUCAGUCAGAUCAUAUUCCAUCCACAGCAUCAGUCAAAAGGGAAUGAGGGCAAGACAAAAUUUGAAUGCAGAUCUAAAAGUAGGCUUGAUGCAAGGAGAUGUUUCACUGAGUGGUAAUUCAGGUAUCAUGCUUUGUUGCAAGUUUGGACCUGCCAGUUAGUUUUUGUUCUCCUAAAUAUCUUUUUUCUUCCCCACUGUGAUUUUUUUUUUUUUCCAUAUUCAUUAAAUGCAGGCUUUUCCUGGGCAUGUGCCACUGACCGCUGCAGUGCACAGUUCCUCCCUCCCUCCUUCACUAGCACAGCUUCCCUCAUGGCAGUUUUGCAGGGCUAAGUUGCUUUAAUUUUUUAGUAUCCCUCUCUCUUUAUAACCAGGGAGUUCUGGGAGUGUAUUAGGGUUAGGAAUGUCAUCACCUGUGGAAAACAGCCCAUCCUUCAUACCCCAUACCCAGGAGAUGUGGCAGGAGGCCCUCCCAGGCUGGUUGUUGCUGGUGUUUAUACUCCAGGGAUACUGUUGGAAGGAAGGUGUGUGGGUACCAACAGUCAGUGUAAUCUGGUUUAGGUCCUUAGAAUUUGGACACUACCUGUGGUUCUCCCCAGAGAUUAUGCCUACGUGACCAGCUGAGAAGCAAAUGCAUCACGCCCCGCACACAUACACACUUACCACCUCCUCCAAGUGCUCCCUGAGGGCAAACAGCCACAGAGCCUCAGGUUUCUCCCUUCAGCAGCUGCCACGUUGCUGCCCAUCACACUCCCAACGCGCUGCAGCAGGCCAGGGAUGCAAGAAGCAGCAGGGGUGCAUGGCUGUCCUAAAUUGCAAAGUUUCCCCUAGAACUCUUAGGAUGGGAACUUCAUUUGUUAAUUUAAACUUGAUAAAAGGCAAGUGUAAGCUGAGCUGUUUCCUCAAACCAACAGUUUACGUUGUGCUCCUUACCCAACUCUGUGUGCUGCACAGGCAGCUGCCAAGCAGCGCAUCUGCCAGCUCAGGUGCAAAAACAUGCACCUUGUUCCACCUUAAUGCUGAGAUAUAUCUUGUAUAACAAACAUACCUGCAGAAGAAUUCUCAUUAACCAUUCUUCCUGUAACAGUAGGCUUUGUCCUGUGAUGACUGCCCUUAGAUUAAAGAAGUACAGAUAAUAAGAGUAAGAGAAUAUUACGGGUAUUUGCUGGGCUUGUACUGGAGUAUUCUUUUAGUUCAGUAGCACCUCCUCUCACAGUUCUUGAAAGCAUAUGUACAAUUUAGCAGAAGCAUUAUGAUGUAAUUUAAUUCAAGUGUUUCUGUGUUUUAAGCAUUGAAAUAUAAUUAAACUAUUUACAUGAAA